AGCAAAUUUGAAGGUGAAGGAAUGAUUUUUCGUGCCAAAUUGAUUGGUUCUGAAAUUGUACCAGAAGCCAGAGGUGAUAAAAUGUGCCAAGAAACUAUUCAAAAGUUAAAAGCAAUAGUCAAAGUAUCAAAAGAACAUAAACAGAAAAUAAAUGUGAAUGUGUCAUUAGAAGGAUUAAAAAUCUUAGAUCAGGCCACUGGAAAUGUAGAACACACACAUGAAGUCCAUAGAAUAUCGUUUAUAUCUCGUGAUGUGACAGAUUCUAGAGCUUUCGGCUAUGUUUAUGGACCUGGAGAUGGAUCUCACAAAUUUUUUGCUAUUAAAACAGAAAAAGCUGCUGAAGCGUUAGUGUUAUCAUUAAGAGAUUUAUUUCAAGUGGUUUAUGAUUUAAAGAAGAAGGAAGUUGAAGAAGCUAAGAAACAGCAAGAUCCAAAU